AUGGCACACCUACCACCACUCUCAACCUUCACAUGCGCGAUCAGCUCGACGCUUGUUUCUAGCUCCGUGCGGUUGAUGUCGGCCGCCAUCCACGCCGUCCUACCCGCAGCGCUGCUUCCCGCCUGCCGCUCCUGGCUCGCGCGCAGUUCUUUCACUUCCACAAACACCGCCUCAUCUGCGCUACUGAUAGAAACUCAUUUGCAUCUCCUGCGCGGCAUUUCGCAUCUGCAACCCGCAAUCCCGUCCAUCCAGUCGCCAUCAGAGUGCGCUCAACAACCGGCUACCACUGUCCAGGACCCAAGCCGCGCGGCCACUAGUAGGGUCCACCCACCCGUCGCUCUCCCUCAGCCCUUCUUCCAGUUUCAUCGGGCCGUUGCAGCCAUGGCGGGCAUGCGCCCCGCAGCGCACUCGGAGCGCGAGCAGCAGGAGGCGGAGCCGCUGCCGGGGCUGAGGCGCACUGUGUGGGGGCAACUGGACCUCAAGCCGCGCUUCCCCAAGCUCGAGUCGCAUGUGCACGCUGACGUGGCGGUGAUCGGUGGCGGGAUCGCGGGGCUGAGCAUCGCGUACCAGCUGCAGCGCAAGGGCAAGUCCACCGUGCUGCUGGAGCGCCGCUGCAUUGGGUCGGGGCAGACGGGGCGGACGACGGCGCACAUAAUGGCGUGGAACGACGACUUCUACAUGAACCUCGAGAAGAGCUUCGGGCGCGACAACACGGCGCUCGUGGCGGAGUCGCACCGCCAGGCCAUCGCGUGCAUUGAGGACACCGUGGCGCGCGAGGCCAUUGACUGCAAGUUCACGCGCCUCGAUGGGUACCUCUUCCCGCACGACUCCAAGGCGUCCACGCUGGAGAUGCUGCACCUGGUAACCAGCUCCCAUGGUAACCAGCUCGCAGGGAGUACGAGGCGUGCAAGAGGGCAGGGUUCACGGACGUGUACAUGGCGGACUUACAGGGCGACCCCGCCCUCGGCUCCGUGCACAAGACCAUCUGCUUCCCCUCCACCGCCGAGUUCCACCCCCUCAUGUACCUCAACGGGUUGGCGGACGCGUUUGUGCGCCAUGGGGGGGCGCAUCUUCGAGCAGACAGUGGCGUUCCGCGAGGAGGGUUCAGUGACGGGCGCGGGGGCGGGGGCGGUGGUGGCGAGCAAGGAGGGGCGGGGCGUGGUGCAGGCGGGGGCGGUGGUGCUGGCGACCAACUCGCCCAUCAACCACAACCUCCUCGUGCACGCGCGCCAGCCUGCUGACCGCAGCUACGUCGUGGGCCUCCACCUGCCCAAGGGCUCCGUCAAGCGCGCCAACUGGUGGGACACGGCGUCGCCAUACCACUACGUGCGAGUGGAGGAGCAGGAGGGAUGCGACGUGCUGGUGGUGGGGGGCGGCGACCACCCCGUGGGCAUGCCAGCAGGCCACUACCACGACGUGUGGGGCGACCUCGAGCGCUGGGCUCGCCCCCGCUGGCCCACGGCGCAGCAGACGCUCUUCCGCUGGAGUGGCAUGGUGUACGAGCCGGUGGACUUCCUGGGGCUGUACGGGCGCAACCCCAUGGACGCUACUGAAACCUACAUCGCCACUGGCGACAGUGGGCAGGGCAUGACGGGCGGUACCAUAGCCGCCAUGAUCAUAUCCGAUCUCAUCUGCCGCCGCCCGAACCCGUUUGUGGAGAUUUACUCGCCAUCGCGCCUGCCGCCCCUAUCCAAGGAGUCACUGUCGCUGGCGGGCUCUGUUGUCAGCCACACCAUCCAGGUACCACCUGCUCCAGUCAACACCCGUUGCAAGUCACCAACAUGGCCGCACAUGGGGUGCAGCGUGCACUGGAACCCCAACGACGCCACCUUUGACUGCCCCUGCCACGGCUCUCACUUGGACCACCUCGGCCGCUGCAUCAACGGCCCUGCCAAGGCCGACCUCUCCCCACUACACCCUGCUCAGACAGGGUAG